AUGCUCGCACUGGCCGCGCGCGGCGCGUCGGCCUUCGCCGCCGGCGCCCGCAGGGUGUCGGCGACGGCGCUGCGCGCCACGUCCACCGUCGUCGAGGGCGAGGAGGGCACGGAGUCCUACGCCCAGUACUUCGUCGACGCCGACGGGUCGAAGAUCAGCCCCUGGCACGACAUUUCCCUCAUGGACGGCGACGCCUACAACAUGGUCACGGAGAUCCCCAAGUACGGCACGGCCAAGAUGGAGGUCGACACCAAGGGCGAGAACAACCCGAUCGUCCAGGACAUGAAGAAGGGCAAGCUCCGCUUCUACCACGGCCCCAUCUUCUGGAACUACGGCUGCCUGCCCCAGACCUGGGAGAACCCCAACGAGGAGCACCCCGUGCUCAAGUGCUUCGGCGACGACGACCCCAUCGACGUCGUCGAGAUCGGCUCGUCGGCGCUCGUGCCGGGCUCCGUGACGCCCGUCAAGCCCCUGGGCGUCCUCGCCAUGAUCGACGACGGCGAGCUCGACUGGAAGGUCGUCGCCAUCGCCGAGUCGGACCCGCUGGCCAAGGAGCUCGACGACAUCGCCGACGUCGAGGCCAAGUGCCCCGGCGUCGUCUCGGGCAUCCGCGAGUGGUUCCGCUGGUACAAGACGCCCGACGACAAGCCCAUCAACGCCUUCGGCUUCGACGAGGAGUGCCUCCCCAAGGCCAAGGCCGUCGAGGUCAUCGAGGAGACCCACGCGUCCUGGAAGGGGCUCCGCGACGGCUCCAUCGACGCGGGCAAGCUCUGGAAGGGCAACUAG